AUGAAUUCUGAAAAAGAUGGAUUAGAUAUAUUGUAUGAACAGUUUUUAACUGAAUUUUUGGAAAUGACAGAGGAAGACUAUAUUAAGUGCAUACGAAGUUCUUUAAAAGCAUCUAAAGUAUUUCUAGAAAGGACACCUAAAGAUAUUCGUGUAAAUUUGUACAACGAGGCAGUCUUAAGAGCCUGGAAAGCAAACAUUGAUAUUCAGUUUGUAUUAGACCCAUAUGCUUGUGCAAUGUACAUUGUAUCUUAUAUUAGUAAAUCACAGAGGGGAAUGAGUACAUUAUUGCAUGCUGCUGCAAAGGAGGCCAGAAAUGGAAAUUUAGAUAUAAAGAGACAGGUUCGACACAUUGGAAAUGUAUUUUCAAAUAGUGUUGAGGUUAGUGCCCAAGAAGCAGCUUACUUAGUACUUCAAAUGCCUUUGACUAGGAGCACAAGAGAUGUAAUAUUUAUUAACACGUCACAACCAAAUCAGCGAAUACAGGUUCUCAAGACAAAAAGUGUAUUGGACAAGCUGCCAGAUUCUUCAACAGAUAUUGUAGCUGACAAUAUCAUCAGAAGGUAUUCAAGAAGACCAACGUGUCUCGAAAACUGGUGUCUUGCUGAUUAUGUAUCACAGUUAGAAGUUGUCUAUCCAAAUGAUGAUGAUACUCCUCCUACUGACCAAGAUGUGAAUGACGAUGAUAACAUGGUUGAACAUGAAGUAUUCAAUGAUGACCAAACUCUCUUGGUACUGAAAAAUGGUAUCAAAAUUAGAAAGAGACAAAACCACAAAGUUAUUCGUUAUGUUCGAUUUAAUCUCAAAUCAGAUGAAGAUAAUCAUUUUCGAGAAAAACUUCUUUUGUUUCUGCCAUGGAGAAAUGAAAUGACAGAUUUGACAGCUAACUAUGAAACUUAUAAGGAGCAUUAUGAAGCAAAAAAGCAUCAAAUUGACAGCAAGUGCAAACUGUAUGAACACCAUGUUGAGGAGCUAGAAAUGGCUCGGGAAGCUGCAGAAAAUGACUUUGAUGCGUAUGAUGAAAUAGCCCCAGAAACACAACAAGUUGAAGCAGAAACAGCUGAGGAAGAGUCAGUUGAAUCUGAGACAUUUGUUUAUUUCAAUCCUGAUAGAGCUAAUGAGCAGAGAGAAUAUGAUAUUGGUAUUGAACUAGGAAGCUGUGCUUCAUCUGCUACAAUUGAUGUAAAUGAAAAUGUGAUGCCAGAUGAACACUACAGAGAACUUUUGAGAUGUUUGAAUACAAAACAAAGACACUUCUUCAACCAUGUUAUACAUUGGGUAAAAACAAAUGAUGUGCCAUUGUAUGCUUUUUUGACUGGAGGAGCAGGUGUUGGUAAAAGUGUAGUAAUAAAGGCUUUGUAUCAGACCUUGUACAGAUAUUUUAAUCUCAGAGAAGGUGAAAAUGCAGAUGAGAAAAGGGUACUGUUGUGUGCGUAUACUGGUAAAGCAGCUUACAACAUCAAUGGUUCAACAAUAUCGACAGCUUUCCAUCAAAAAUUUAAGCAAAAGGAACAAACUUUAAAUUGUGACAAGCUCAACACAUUUAGGUCAAAGUAUAGAAACCUUUCAGUUGUCAUUAUAGAUGAGAUAUCAAUGGUUAGCAAUUCAAUGCUAAAGUUUAUUGACCAAAGACUUCAAGAACUGACGGGCACAAGAAUACCUUUUGGUGGUAAAAGCAUCAUAGCUGUAGGUGACUUGUACCAGUUAAAGCCAGUGGCAGGAUCUUGGAUAUUUCAAGACCUUACACAUGAUGCAUCUGCUUUAGCAACUAAUUUCUGGCAAGAUCACUUUUCCAUGUUUGAGUUGACUGAGAUCAUGCGACAAAAGAAUGACAAUGAAUUUGCAGAGCUGUUAAACAGGUUACGUUACAAUAAAAUGACAGACCAUGACAAAGAACAGAUCCAACAAUGUCAGGUUGAUCCAAACUCGGUAACAUACCUACAGAAUGCACCCCAUAUAUUUGCAAAAAAUUGCUUUAUGCAAGCAUUUAAUGACAAAAUCAUCAAUAACAUUAAUUCUCAAAAAGUUGAAAUUUCUUGUCAUGACUCAGUUGUAGGAGCAAACAUAUCACAGGAUAGACAAAAUGAUAUUUUGAAAAGAUUACCAAGAGUUGCCUGUAGUACGAUGGGUUUGCACUACUCUUUGAUAGUAGUGGUUGGCAUGAUAUAUGACUUGACUGUUAAUAUUGAUACAGAAGAUGGGCUAACUAAUGGUGCCUCUUGUGUAGUUAAAUAUAUAGAAUACAAGCAAGCUGAAACAAAUAGACACAGUAUUAUAUGGGUAAACUUUGAUAACAAACGAAUAGGCACUGAAAGACGAAAAAAAUAUCACAAUAGAGGUUUUUAUCAUCACUUAAUUGAUGACAGUUGGACUCCCAUAUUUGACAUAGAGCGAACAUUUCCACUGAGACAAAACACAAUUCAGAGAAUACAGUUUCCAUUACAACCGUCUGCAGGUAAAACUGUUCACAGAGCUCAGGGAACCACUCUUGACCAAGUUGUUAUAGAUUUGUCACAACGUAAACCAAGAAAAAAUCCACAUAUCCAUUAUGUAGCUUCAAGCAGAGUGAGAUCUAUUAAAAACCUCCAUAUUUUGAACUUCAAUGAACAGGCAUUGUCUUUGGAUGAACGUGUAGAAGUAGAAAUGGAAAGACUUUAUUCUAAAGCAAAUCUUCAACUCUGUUAUGUCCCACUUGACACAGUCAAUUCUGAUCAACAUUUUAAAAUAGUCUAUAACAAUUGUAGAUCAUUGCGCAGACAUUUUGAAGAUGUAGCAGUAGAGCAGAAUAUCAUGUCGACACAUGUGAUUGGACUUGCUGAAACAAGAUUAGUCCGAAGAGAUGAAAAUUCAGACUAUUCAAUAAAUGGGUUUCAGCUAAUAAGAAAUGACCAAAACCAAACAAAACAGAACAUCAGACCGUCUCAUGGUUUAGCCUUGUAUGUUAAAAAUGAUAUCACAGUUUCUAAAUGCCAUUGCUAUAGUACAACGAAUUUUGAGUGGAUAGUCGUAGAUGUAAAACAUAUGCUAAUGCAAAUGCAAAUUGUGAUGCUGUACAAAUCACCCGGUCUUUCUUUUCAUAGUCUUGUUUCAACUAUUGAAAAACAGCUUUUUGAGCACCUCGACUCAGAUAAACCAUUAGUUAUCAUGGGAGAUUUCAAUAUAGAUGUUUCACAAAAUGACAGUCUGAAACGAUUUAUGAUCGAAAGAUUAUGUUGCCAACAAAUGAUGCAUGAACCAACAACCGAUCACGGGUUAACAAUAGAUCUGGUAUUUGCAAAUUGUAGUGGCAGUGUUGGAACUAUAGAAACAUACUGGUCAGAUCACAAACUUGUUUACUUUUAUACAUAA